UGUUAACGAGUGUUUACUGUAACUUACCACAAACACACCACUCUUGUGUGACCUUUCAUGCGGUGUGUUUUAGCGCAUUACGACCAACCAGCUAAAUGGCAGUUCUACGUGGAUGGAGAUUCGUUGGCUUCGUGUCUUGCAUCUUUGGAGCUGUGGGACUAACCCUAUACCCAGUGAUUGUGGACCCGAUGCUGAACACCGAAAAGUACAAAACCCUCCAGGAGUACAGCAGGAUAAAGAGAGAUGAGCUGCAGCACAUUAAAAGGCAGUAAAAUCCCCGACUCGAUACUCCAUUUGUACUUUUAAAAACCAAAAUUUGUGUAUUUUCUCUUACAUGAUACCCUGCUACAAUGUACAUACUCUAAGCUAUACGAAAAUACAAAAUAAGCUGUGUUGAUGAACGCAUGGCAGUCGUUAUUUCAAUUAGAAUCAUUUAGUUUGUUUUGGUAUAUGAAAUACUAAUUUUGUUCAUUAUAAUAUAUUAUUUAAUAUAUACAGUCCA